GUUGUCAACAUUGGCCCGGGUGAAGGGAAGGGAGUGACGAAAUUCCUGCCUGUUUAUAUUUUUUUCUGUUAAUUCCUUCAUCUGCGGCGCCGGAUAUUACUGUGAGAGGCUAAUAAUAGUUUCUUCUCGGCUUCAGUACGUGUGGUUUGGUCUGCAUGGCCGCCCUCUCCACCAUGUACCCCAGAACACUGCGCGCCCUCAAGCUGGUGGCCAGGGAGAAGGGACGGAUUGGAAGGCCUCCACUGUACUGCUUCGCAACCGCAGCGAUCAGCACUCCAGCCCUGCAGCGCUGCGAGGCAAGCAGGAGCGGCGUGAGCUACAGCAGGCUACAGCAGGUGCAGCUUUGUCGACGGCUGGCCACUGCUGACCAACCCCCCGGCAACGACAAGCAACAACAACAAAAACAGGAACAGAAGUCUACUGGUGAUGGUGCUGCGUCCCCCCCUUCUGCUGCCCCCUCCCCCCUGUCCGCUGCCCCCUCACCCCCCUCUGCUGCCUCUGCCACUGCUAGACUGAAGGAAGCAGUUAUAAAAGUCAUGCCGAGGAAGAAGGAGCGGCUAAGGUUCGACAGUUCUCAUCCGUCGCUGGAACGCAACUUCAUCACAGCGGUGCGGGCCAUGGCGGAGUUCCUGCUCAAGCCGUCGGACCUCGAGAACCUGCGGAAGACCAAGAGACGCUCGCCCUUUGAGAAUGAGCCGCCCAUCACCGUGUACUGGCGGAAGGACGUCGAGGCAAAGGCCGUGACGGUGUGGGGGAGUGAGGAGGCGCUGGAGAACGAGAGGAAGAAGAGGGAGAAGGAGAUCCGGCGUUACCAGCAGAUGGACGUGUUCCAUGUCAAGCGCGCCGUCAAGAAGUUUUACAUACUGCGCAACGUUAUCAGGAGCUUGAGGCAGAGAGCAGACAUCUUCAACAUCAAGCGCCUCCUUCGCGAGCACCGCCGUGACCAGCGCACGUCCCCGGAGCCCCAGCGCGCCAACCAGGGCCUCGACAGCUCCGGCAAGGUGGUCUGGGCCGCCGUGGUCAUUAACGGCGCCAACCUGGUGAUGAAGCUGGGUGCCUGGGCCUUCACGGGGUCACACAGCCUGUUCGCCGAGGCACUCCACUCCUUCGCCGAUGUCACCAACCAGCUCAUCCUCGCCUACGGCAUACACAAGUCCAAGCAGAGUGCCGACGUGGUCCACCCAUACGGCUACACCACCAUGCGCUACGUGUCCUCGCUCAUCUCCGGGGCCAUGAUCUUCUGCGUGGGGUCCGGCCUCUCCAUCCAGCACGGCAUACAGGGCCUGAUGGAGCCUUCAGAGGUGGUGCCACUGUACUGGGCGUUCUACAUCCUGGGCGGGUCGCUCAUCACCGAGGGCGGCACGCUGCUAAUGGCUGUCCACGCCAUCCGCAAGGGGGCGCAGCACCAGCAGAUGUCCUUCAUGGAGUAUGUGUUGCGAGGCCAGGACCCCAGUGUGAACGUGGUGCUGCUGGAGGACAUGGCGGCGGUGGUGGGCGUGGGCGUGGCGAUGGGGUGCAUGGGCCUCACCUCCCUGCUGGGCUCACACAUCCCUGACGCCAUCGGGUCCUGCCUUAUUGGGGGCAUUCUGGCGUGUGUCUCUGGUUUCAUCAUCUAUACCAAUUCUGCCGCGCUUGUUGGGAAGUCCAUCCCGCAGCACCGCCUCGAGAAGAUCAACGAGGAGCUUGAGGGCGACGUGCUGAUCCGCGCCAUCUACGACGUGAAGGGCAUCGACAUGGGCACCGGGCUGGUCAGGUACAAGGCAGAGGUGGACUUUGACGGCCGGGAGCUGACCCGCGGAUACCUGGACCAGCAGGACCUGGAGGCCUUGCUCAAGGAGAUGCAGAACCUGAAGACCAUCGAGGAGGUUGAGGCGUUCCUGUUGAAGCACGGGGAGAACAUCGUUGACAGCCUUGGCGAGCAGGUGGACAGGAUCGAAACCAUACUGAAGAAAAGUCACCCAGAAAUCCGACACUGUGAUCUUGAAAUUCUGUAAAAAAAAGGAAAAGAGAGAGAGAGAGAGAGAGAGAGAGAGAGAGAGAGAGAGAGCGCGCGCGUGUGUGCGUGCGUGUGUGUGUGUGUGUGUGUAUAGGACAGGGAAGAGGAGGAGGCAGACAGAAUGUGAUAUGUAUAGUAAAAUAUAGGCAUUAAAGAGAGAGAGAGAGAGAGAGAGAGAGAGAGAGAGAGAGAGAGAGAGAGAGAGAGAGAGAGAGAGAGAGAGAGAGAGAUCAUUAAUAUA